CGUCCAGUUGUGUAGGCUUUCCGUCGUCGUCGCCGUCGUUGUUCUCUUUCGCGUGCUUUCGUCGUGUUCCUCGGCGGAGCUUUUUUUUCGCGUGCCGACGCGGGAAGUGCACUUCAUCGCGUGACUUGUUUUUGGCGCGGUUUUUCGAACAAGUUGUGGCUAGCUGGAUGGGAUUGAGGUUUCCCGGGUUUUCCGGAUACUGGUGACACGUGUUCGCUGGGUAGAUUGUGACUGGUGUUGUGGAAUUUCCCGAAAUUGGAUGAAAACCGAAGCGGUUUGUGAACAAAGAUCCGGCAGCGAACCGGAAGUAAGCUCCCGCAAGGAAAAGCUCAGUGAAUCCAAAGUGCACUUGAAGUGAGACCAAAUGGAUCCGGUGAAGUAGUGUGACCCCACGUUGGAUCAGUGAUAAAAGAGAGGAAGAGCUUGUCAUAGUGAUAUUAAAAACCAGUGUUCCCAGAGCCCUUAGAAUGGACAUCAAGGCGCUGUCGGACGUGCAGAAGCAGAUCUUUCAAAAUCUGGUCGAGAAGCUGAUCGCGCGGAACAAAUUCCCGCCGUCGGAGGCCGAGGAUGUCCAGAAGCUGCUGGAGAAUGUCCGGGACGCGAAAAACUUCCACAAAAUCAUGGAAAAGCUGAAGGAGUGCGGCCAGCUGGACCUGGACAUCGAGGAGAACUUUCGCGAAGAGAACGGAUUUUUCCUCAAAGACACGGCGAAAAAGUUCGGACCCGGCGGCCAAACGCUGACCCCGCGGCACACCAUCGACGCGAUACUAGGUUUGAAUAAUUGUGAAAAUGGAGGUGACUCCAGCGACGCCACCGACCUGAGCGCGUCCCCGCUCGGCCAAAUAAAAGUCUGCGACCAGCAGCAAAUGAUGGCGAAAUCGCUGGCGGCGGCGGCCGGCCAGUAUCUGGGCAGCCCUUCGCCAACGGACAAGUUCCAGCAGCUGGCCACCAACUACCAGAACCACAUGAAGAGCCUGGACUUUGCGGCCUCGCUGGACUCCGGCGUUGGAGGUGGAAUGCACCACCAUCAUCUCGGGCCGCACCAACAUCCGGCGGGACUGCCGAUGGGCGGACAGGGCGGCGGUGGACACCACCAGCAACACCAGCUGCCUUCGCAUGUGGCGGCGGCCGCGGAGUUGGAGUACAUGAAGUCGCUCAAGGAGAACAACAAGUACUUUAUCGAUCGGAAUUACCGGUUAGGGGGGUAUGGGAAUGCCAAGUUUGGAGGGGGUCCGGGGAGUGAGGACGGCAGCAGUACGACUGUGAACGAUUAUGAGGAGGAUUUGGCUUCGCCAACGGCGGCCAACUCGGGGGGUUCGCUGAAGCGCAAGUACUCGGACAAUGAGGAUCAUUUGUUGGACGGAGGUAGUUCCGGUGGCGAUCAGGUUGAGGGGUCCAUGAGCAAGUACAGCAAAUUGGGCGGUGGCCAUGACUCGGUGGACAAGCAGUCCAUUAAGGCCGCUGGGUUUGAUUACAUGAAGAGCUAUGAUGAUUUGCGGGCACGGCAAGCCGCGGUCUACGACGCUGAACAGCAACUUCAGCAACAUCACCACCAACAGCAGCAGCAGCAACUCCAUCAGCAAGUGGCCCUGCACCAUCAUCAUCAGCAGCAGCAGCAGCAACAGCAACUCAACGCCCAUCAACAGCAGCAGCAGCAUCCUCAUCAGCAACAACAACCUGCUCCUCAACAAGCCUCGUCAGCCGGUGGAGAUGAGUACCGGCUGGGAGGGGGAAACUCCGGCACUCCUGGAAGUCAACACCAGUCGGAUGGGCAGGACAAGCUGGGCGAUGACGGAGGCGGUGGUGGCGGUGGUAAUAAUGGUGGUAUUAAUUACGCGUCCAGUGAGGAGAUGAACCAGACCACGUCCAGCGAGCAGGGUGAAAAGAUGGGCUCCGGAAGUGAUGAUGAAGGCGGCGAGGACGGCUGCUCGAAGAAGAAGCACCGCCGCAACCGGACCACCUUCACCACCUACCAGCUGCACGAGCUGGAGCGAGCCUUCGAGAAGAGCCACUACCCGGACGUGUACUCGCGGGAGGAGCUCGCGAUGAAGGUGAACCUGCCGGAAGUGCGCGUACAGGUGUGGUUCCAGAACCGACGGGCCAAGUGGCGCCGCCAGGAAAAGUCGGAAAGCCUGCGGCUGGGGCUGUCCCACUUUAGCCAGCUGCCCCACCGGCUGUCCUGCAACGGAGCGAACCUGCCGGUGGACCCGUGGCUGUCGCCGCCGCUGCUGUCCGCGCUGCCCGGUUUCCUCUCGCACCCCCAGGGCGUCUACCCGAGCUACCUGACGCCCCCGCUGAGCCUCAAUCCGUCCAACCUGGGCAUGACCCAGCUGGGCCUGGGCCACCCAAACGGGCCCCAAAACCUACGAAUCUCGCCCCAGGGCAUGUCCGCGAUGUCGCCGCACCACCACCAAAUGGGCGCCCACAACCAGAUGCGUCUGUCUCCGCCCCACCACACCAACAACCACCUGAACCACGCCCAGAACCUUUCGAUGGGGCCGCACCAUACGGUGGCACCACCCGCUCCCCAACCUCCCCCACCAACGGCGGCGCCGAACCAGCACUCCAACCAGGGAUCAAACGCGCGACAUUCUCCGCUCGGUGGCGCCAGUGGCGGGGGAAUUCCGUCCCAAUCUCCCGGCGGCGCCCCUCAGCUCGCCUCUGUAAAUAUACCCAUAACAUCACCAUCACCCCAAAAUCUCUCACUAACGCCACCUGGUUUAAGAUCGCCGCCAAGCUUAAGUAGCAGCAACGCUAACGCCAACGGCCACCAGCCAGGGCUAAGUCCCAACUCGUCGUCGACGUCGUCCUCGUCCAACACGACACUGUCGCCGGGGGCCACCGCUGCUGGUCAGUUCCAUCAGCAGGUGGAUGCCUGCUCAAGUCCGCUGGAGGCGGUCAGUGGUGGUGGCGGCGGCAAGGAUGGUCCGACGACGACAACGGCCGCCCUCAACAUGACCGUGAACCAUCACUCGACCGACAUGAGGACCAACUCGAUCGCCACGUUGCGCAUCAAGGCCAAGGAGCAUCUGGAGAACAUCACCAAAGGCAUGACCACGAUGGUGUAAUAGUGAGAGUUAUGCGAAAGUUGUUUUUUUUUAUUUUCUAGAAUUAAGCUAGUUAGAUAGUGUAGAAGGUGAAAAGAUGUGAAGAAGAAAGCAACACACAAAAUGGUGACAAUGUUUCCUAUUGGUAUAGUAAACCCGCUUAGAUAAGUUUAACAAUAAAGUAUAAACAAACUAUUAAGAAACUCACAAAAAUUAAGCACAAAUGAUCUCCAGUGAAAAAAGAGAAGUGGUGGAAGCUACGAAAUGUUCAGACUAAGAAAGUCGACACAAGUACUAAUUAGUUAAACAUUACAAAUAAAAUAAUUUAAUCCGCAGCUUGUAAAUAGCACAAACAGUUUAAUGCGACCACAGAAAUUGUACAUAAUGUAAGAUUUUGAGCGAAUAAAACUGAAGGUAAAUCAAAAUUAAACAAUUCCAUAUUUACGGAAUAAAGAAAAAACUUUCAGACAAAAAUCCCAGUGUAAAUAAAAAAAUAGUAUUAGUAGCUUAAUUUCGCAGUACUUAAACAUAAACUUAUUCGGUUAGAUUUUUUAGUUUUAAGCAUCGGUAGUUAUAGUGGUGAAAAAUAAACACAAAAAUUUAGACACGUAAACAAAUAAUUGAAAUAUGAAAAAAUGGUCCCA